AGUCUGUCGGUGCGAGCGGUUCGGGUCGAACGCGCGCAAUUCUCUCUUCGUGCUUCGAGUGUGAGAUUGUUAGGUUUGAAACGAUUUCCGUUUUGUUUUCUCUUUGGCGCAGCAUCCGUCGUCGUUAAUCAAAUCGAUUGUUAUCGGAGUGCCGGGAUUGGUUGAUUUCUACUCAUGAAGCACAAUGCUCGGGUCCAUUGAUAAUGGCUAAGACCUCGGCUAUUGUUGUUGCGACGUUCGGGAAUUGUUUUCGGUGUGUCGUGCGUCGGCGUGGGUGGAUUGAAGAAGGAAGCCAACCGGGAUCGUCGGGUUUUGAACUCCCGAAGUGAGUUCUGCCAGUUAUGAUCGAUGGCGCAAGUGGUUCUGAGCGUGUGUGAGCGAACGCGCGCGCGCGUUCUAAUCCAGUUUUAAGCGUUUCGCUGGAAAUUGGCGUUUAACAAACGCUGAAAGUGGAGCUUAGCGUGAAUAAUAAUAAAAAAAAAAAUCGUAAUAACCUGCCAAAUACACCCAGGAAGGAGAAGCAGAAGAAAAAACAACAACUCGACGAGAGCAAGCCCCAAAACGAUACGGUUUAGUGAUUCAGCAGUUUGAAAGUGCGUAUUAUAUUUGCCAAGAUCGGCCCGAAGUUCGGGUUCGUGGCUUAAGCGAGCAAAUUUUUUUUCGGGUGUUGAGCGGAAACCAUUUUCGCACCGGAGAGUGGAUAAACGGUGUGUUUAGCAAAGUAUUUAGGAAGAUCGCGGGCGAAGCAGCAGAGAAGGAAGAGUGCUAAUUGUGGAGGUCGAAGACGUUGGCCGAAGUCAGAGUGACAAAUUUGCACCGGAAACAGCAGCCAAAAUAGAAAAAAAAGAAGGUUGUUUUGUUUGCUUGUUGCGAAAGAGAGUUUGUGUGUGUUUUUGCGUUUAACUUAACGAAAAUUUGAAGAAAAAAGAUCCGUGUCCUUCUUGGAAGUCGGAUCAUUGGAAUAGAAGAAGCCAUGUCAACCAGUGCGGCGUUGGUUUUUAGGCAGAGCUUCUUGACCAGUAGCUGCUGGAUUUUUGUAUUACUAGCCGUCGGUGGAUUGAUUAGCAUCGAUACCGUGCGGGCGGAGCAACAAUCGGAAACGGAGCAUCAAGGUCUUUUCACUCACCACCUGAACGAUGCCCGGCUGGUUAUUCCGCGAAAAGUGACCCACCGAGGCGACCUACUGUCCCAUCGGUUAGUUCACUUCCACGAGAGUGAAACGCUCGGACAUCGAAAUCGUAGAGCAGUCGUCGAUGAGCGGUUGCACUACCAUGUCGACGUUGACGACCAAACGCUGCACCUGGAAUUGGAACCGUCAACGGACUCGUUCGUCGCGCCUUUAAUGGUCGUGGAGCGGCACCGGCGCGAUCUACGCACCCGGUCACGUCCCAAGAAGCACGUCCACAACUGUCACUACCAAGGCCACGUCCGAGGUCACGAGCAGUCCCGGGUGGCGCUGUCCACCUGCCACGGCCUGACCGGUUUCCUGCGGACCAACAAAACGGAGUACUGGAUUGAGCCGUCCAAAAAUCACGUCCCAUCCGAUAGGGACGGCCAUCCGCACGUCCUGUUCAAGCGGACCGACGUCAAGGAGGCCAAGGACAUACGGUUGAAGAAGCACAACCCUCAGAAUGGCGCCGCCAAGAAGAAGCGCAAACGUCGAAAGAAGCGCCACGCAAACAACUGCGGAACUCGGGAGCCCCGCCGCGUCACCGAGACCCGGCUCGAGUGGCAGCACCAGGGAAAGGUGAUCGUACAGGGCGGUCGCAAAACCCGUGACCAUCCGGGCGGACCUGCCGGUGCCGCCAAAUCGUCCCGCGGUCAGCGCAUCAAGCGAUCCAUCAGCACCCCGCGCCACGUGGAGGCCCUGGUCGUGGCGGAUCUGUCCAUGUCGCAGUUCCACCAGGACGUCGACCUGCCCCAGUACCUGCUGACCAUCAUGAACAUGGUGUCCUCGCUGUACAAGGAUCCCACCAUCGGGAACUCCAUCCUGGUUACCGUGGUGCGGAUCAUCAUCAUGGAGGAGGAGCAGUCGCUGGCGGACUUCAACGUGACGCACGUGGCCGCCAACACGUUGGAGAACUUUUGCAAGUGGCAGCGAGAUAAGAACCCCAAGCAGGAGGACGAUCCGCACCACCACGAUGUGGCCAUUUUGGUGACGAGGAAGAAUAUCUGCUCCACGCAUGGAUGUUCCACGCUGGGGGUCGCCAACGUGGGUGGCAUGUGCCGUCCGGACAAGUCGUGCAGCGUCAACGAGGACAACGGGAUCACCCUGGCGCACACGAUUUCCCACGAGCUGGGCCACAAUUUUGGGAUGUACCACGAUACUGCGAAAACGGGUUGCGACCACCGGAUAGGACCCAUCCUGCACAUCAUGACGCCAAGUUUCGAAGCGGACACGGUCCAGGUUUCCUGGUCAAAUUGCAGUCGCAGGGACAUUACACACUUUUUGGACUUGGGCCUCGGCAAGUGUCUCGAGGAUCCCCCAAACCAGCAGGAGUACAUCUACCCGGAACUCCCCCCCGGAGCAAUGUACAACGCCGACCUCCAGUGCCGCCAGCAGUUCAACUCCACGGACGAAGAGGUAACCGUGUGCUCCAAACUGGACGAGAUCUGCGUCCAGCUGUGGUGCCUGGUAGAUGAAGUCUGCAUGACCAACAUGCGGCCAGCCGCCCCUGGUACGCACUGUGGCAAACACAAGUGGUGCCAAAAUCAGCAGUGCGUCGACGUCGAAGAUUUGCCAGCGCCGGUGGACGGAGGUUGGGGCGGGUGGAGCGCGUGGAGUGAGUGUUCGCGAUCGUGUGGCGCCGGCGUGGCCCGGCAGACACGUGAGUGUGACCAUCCGUCACCCGCUCACGGGGGACUGUUCUGUACGGGGGAGCGGGCACGCUACAAGACGUGCAACACCCAGCCCUGUCCGCCGGAGAUGGCCUCGUUUAGGGCGCAGCAGUGCUCCGAGCAUGACAACCAGACGAUCAAGGGGCAAACGUACACCUGGCUGCCGUACUUUGACAAGAACGAACCGUGCGAGCUGUACUGCACCAACUCGGAGGACACCAUCAUCAUGCCGUUCGGGGACAGCGCCGCGGACGGGACGCCCUGCAACGUGGGCUCCAACGACAUGUGCAUCGGUGGGCUGUGCCGGCGGGUGGGCUGCGACUGGGUCGUCGAUUCCAACACCACCGUGGACAAGUGCGGCGUGUGUGGGGGUCGCGAGGACAGCUGCACCGUCAUCCAAGGCAACGUGACGCGCCAGGUUAACGCCAGCGGCGACGGAUACGAGGAGCUGCUGCAGGUGCCGGCCGGCGCGAGGAAUAUCCUCGUGGAGGAGAUGAUUCGCUCGAAGAACUACAUUGGCAUUGGGAAAGCGAACGGGCAGGAGUACUACCUGAACGGGAAUCGCCACAUUCAGCUGCCCGGCGAGUACGAGAUGGCGGGCAGUUUGGCGCUGUACGAGCGAGACGACGAGCAGGAACGGGUCAAGAUACCGGGACCGAUCAGCGAUGAUAUUGUCAUAGCGGUCAUCGUUAAAAAGAAGAACAAUAACACCAGCAUCCGGUACGAGUACACGCUACCGUCCAAGCCAACCCCAUCGCCACACCCCUCGCCGUACUACUGGAAGCUGGCCGACUGGAGCCUCUGCUCGGCGACGUGUGGCGGCGGAAAGCAGCACCGCGAGUCCGUUUGUCACCACCGGGGCGAGGGCAUCGUGGCAAACGCACUGUGCGAACAGAACGCCCACAACAAGCGGCACGACCGGUUGACCCGGGUCUGCAACGAAGAUCCCUGUCCGGCCAACUGGUGGGUGGGACCGUGGCAACUCUGCUCGGUGACCUGCCGGAAGGUUGCGGGUGGAGGUCCGGAUCCUGCAGGGCCCGUCCGAAAGCGGUCCAUUUUGUGCGUUGACCAGGCCAUGAACGCCCAGCCGGAUGAUCGCUGCGAGGGACAACCGAGGCCGCCCGACCACGAACCGUGUGCUGGGAGGUUGCCGCUUUGUAAAGGUUUGCUGGACGCGCACAUUCUGGUCGAGGAUAUCCCGCCCGAGUACGACGACGAAAAUAAUGUCAUUUGACGCGGACUGCGUUAGUUGGUUGGUUGGUUGGUUGGUGUGUACUCUAUGUUAUAUUAACAUUUGCCGUAGUUUGUAGGGACGAACGAAGCUGCAAUGCUGCAGCAAAGGUUUUAAGGUUUUACACAUUAUGCUAUCGAAACGUACUUACAUUCUUGUGAAAAGUAUUAUUUUAAACUAAAAGCAACAAACAAACAAUCAUGCAUCAGCGAGAUAGUUGGUAGUACAAAGAUUUCGAAGAUUCAACGAAACGGUUUUACAACUUUUUACUUUUUAUUUGUAUACAUUUAUAUAUUUACAGAACUGUAUUUAAAAAUAAAAGUAUUACUUUACUAGUAUGAAUAGUCGUCGCUACUGCAGCAGCAAACUCAUACGCGUCUCUAGCUAUUAAUACUUGUUACUUAAAAACAUUAAUCACAUCGCCGUACAGAGUGUAAUACCGCGUAUUAGUUGGAGCUGCGCGCGUUUAAAAAAAGGAGCAUUUAAUAAAUUAUGAACCCCGAUAAAAUCACCGAAA